AUGAUAUUUUCUAAUUCCAAGCUCACAGGCCAUGGUAGCAAUAGAUUUGGAUGGGCAAUAGUGAAGGAUGAAGGUGUAUACAAAAAGAUGGAAGAGUAUAUACAAAUUAACACCAUGGGAGUUUCUCGAGAGGCUCAGCUAAGAGCAUUAAAGUUACUCAAUGUGGUUCUUGAAGGAAAUGCUAAACCCUUCUUUCAAUUUGGAUAUGCGACAAUGAGGUAUCGAUGGACAAGGCUUAAACGUUCUAAGUCUAAUCGUUUUACCGUACAGAAAUUAUCUCGUAAAUAUUGCUCAUUUUACAAAACAUUCAAAUAUCCUACACCAGCCUAUGCAUGGAUGAAGUGUGAGAGAGAAGAAGACAAGAAUUGCUAUGAAACUCUGAAAGCUGCUGGAAUCAGUUGCCACCCUGGCAAUUAUUUCAGUGCAGAUGAUCGCUUGGCACGUGUAAGUAUCUCUAGAAGCCAAGAUGAUUUUGAGAUACUACUCAACAAACUCAUAUAUCUUGUUGCUAGGGAUGGAAUUAACCAUAGUAUAUAA